AUGUGUGGCUGUAUGCACAGUACCCAGGACCAAGCCCUCCACUUGGAAGGGGACCCCAGUCUUCCUGGAGCCCCAACAUCCACUUUAGCGCCUAGGAAAAUGCCCAAAAGCAUUUCAGUAUCCAAACAACUGGCUUCAGUGAAAGCUCUCAGGAAGCGCUCAGAUCUGGAAAAGGCCAUUGCUACCAUUGCUCUGAUUUUCAGAAACUCUUCUGACCCUGAUGGUAAACUUGGAAAAGCUACUGCCAAAAAUCUGCUGCAAACCCAAUUUAGGAAUUUCACGGAGGGACAAGAAACAAAACCAAAAUACAAAGACCUCCUUUCUGAACUCGACGAGCACACUGAAAAUAAGCUUGAUUUUGAGGAUUUCAUGAUUUUGCUCUUAAGCAUCACUGUAACUUCAGAGUUGCUACAAAAUAUAUGGAGUGUAAAAAUCAUGAAGUAAACAGCUUUAAAAAUACAAUCAGAGCACCUGGGUGGCUCAGUUGGUUAAGCGUUCCACUUCAGCUUGGGUCAUGCUCUUGCAAUUCACGAGUUCGAGCCCUGCGUUAGGCUCUGUGCUGAUGGCUCAGAGCCUGGAGCCUGCUUUGGAUUCUGUCUCCCUCGCUCUCUGCCCCUCCCCUACUCAUGCUCUGUCUCUCUCUCUCUCUCUCUCUCUCUCUCUCUCUCUCUCAAAAAUGAAUAAACAUUUAAAAAAAAUUAAAUAUGCAAGUAAACAAAAUAAUGGCAGUAGACUGUUAAAUGACUGAAGACUUUUCCAUUUUAUUUUUAGCUAAUUGAGCAAUUAAUCCCAUGAAUCUGGGAUUGCCUGGGAUGGUUCUGAUUGCUAAUAUUUAGACCCAAUAACUCCAAAAGUGCCUGCAUACUCUCCAGGAAUGUUUGAAUGAUCUAGUCUCUGGGUGCUUUACAAUAGGAUACAUUUGAUACCACUGGGUACCAAAUUGCUUUUGCUUAGUCAGUAGUGACUUAGAGCAUCUUCCUUAUAGUCUUUGAGUUAUCACUUAAUGAAUGAAUGAAUGUUUGUUCAGCCUUUUCUGGAUGGUACUGAGGAUACAGUAACGCCCUAGCUACAUACUCUCUGCCCUCAGACAUGCCUGCAGAAGUCUAGCAGAAGAGGUAGAUAUUUAACAAUGGAUGUCAAUUGCAUAUACACUAUAAUUAUAAGGGCACCAGGAUGCUAGAAGUGUUUAUCACAUUACCUGAGCUUAAAGGUCAGAGAAGCUUUACUGCAAAAGGCGAAACUACAUGAGGGAAAAAAAAAAAGAUCAGUGGAUGCCAAAACUGUGGGCGGGAAAUGGAGUUGUCCACGAACGGGCACAAGGGAACUUUUGGGGGGGAAUGGCAAUGUUUUAUAUCUCGAUUGUGGUGGUGGUUACAUGACUGCCUACAUUUGUCAAACUCUUAAAACUGUAUGCUACAAAGGGUAAUUUUGAUAUAUGUGAAUUAUACCUAAAUAAACAUAAAAUC